AUGGAUGGACCGGUGCACCUUGAACCUGUCAGAGCAGCCCGUCCCGUCUAUUUUCUCCUCUUCUCCGUUUAUAAACACUUUUAUUAAAAAUGUCUAAUUUUCCACAUUUACUCCGGCACGCGCCCGCGGCACUCACCCGGUUGUCGCGCGGCAGAAACGCAGAGUGCGUCAGAUUAAACGCGAGGUCUUUGAACGUUAGCGCGUCUGCUAAGUUCGCACCGAGUCACACACAUGGAGAUAAAGUCAGCUCCAGGUGUUACACGAGUUCAGCCCGGACCAGACCCGUCCGGAUCGGCUGUGCAUCCGGGUUCUGGGGAGACACAGCCGUCUCAGUGCCUCAGCUGGUUUACAGUGGGAAGCUGGACUUCCUGGUGUUCGACUACCUCAGUGAGAUCACAAUGUCUCUGCUCACAGCCGCCAAGACCAAGAUGCCUAACAUGGGUUACGCUCCGGACUUCGUCCAGGUGGCUCUCGCUCCGUUUAUUAACGACAUCCACAGGAAAGGUAUCCGCGUGGUGAGUAAUGCCGGAGGUGUGAACCCUCUGGCCUGCGCCGAAGCCAUACAGGAAGUCAUCAAGAAGGCCGGCCUGGACCUCAAGGUCGCCGUGGUGACCGGGGAUGACCUCAUGCCCCAUAGAAGCAGUCUGUCAGAAGUCAAGAUGGCGGAUGGCGGCAGCAGACAGCAGUUACCUAAAACACUCCACAGUAUGAACGCUUACCUCGGAGCUCUUCCUAUCCGUCGCUGUCUGGAUCUCGGGGCGGACAUCGUGGUAACUGGACGCUGUGUGGACAGCGCCGUGGCUCUGGGGCCUCUCAUGCACACUUUUGGAUGGGAGACGACUGACUAUGACCUGCUGGCAGCUGGGAGUCUGGCAGGUCACCUGAUCGAGUGUGGAGCUCAGAGUACGGGAGGGAUCUUCACCGACUGGCACAAAGUCCCUGACUGGGACAACAUGGGUUUCCCUGUGGUGGAAUGUUCCAGCGACGGCUCCUUCGUUCUCUCCAAACCGCCCAAAACCGGCGGCCUCGUCUCCUUCGGCACGACGGCCGAGCAGCUGGUGUACGAGAUCGGCGACCCGCGGCGAUACCUGCUGCCCGACGUGGUCUGUGACUUCAGCCAGGUGUCCAUCAAGGAGGUGCCAGGUGUAGAUGGAGGUGCUGUCAGAGUGACGGGGGCUAAAGGUCUCGCUCCAUCACAUGACUACAAGGUGUGCGCCACCUACAUGGACGGUUUCAGGGCGACGGCGGUGUGUCCGGUCGGAGGCCCGAGAGCGGCAGAAAAGGCUCGAAGAACCGCAGAGAGCAUCAUCAAACGGACGAAGCGAAUGUUUCAGCAGUUGAAGUUUGAAGAUUUCAGCUCUGUCAACAUCCAGAUCCUCGGAGCCGAGGACACGUAUGGCCCCAGCGCUCGCAGACAGGGCUCCAGAGAGGCCGUGCUCUGGAUGGCCGUCCAUCACAAACAGAAAAAAGCUCUUGAGCUCUUCGCCAGGGAAGUCGCUCCUGCAGGAACCGGCAUGGCUCCCGGACUGACCGGCAUCGUGGGCGGACGACCCAGAGUAUCUCCCGUCCUGAAGCCGUUUUUCUUCUUACAUCCCAAAUCUGAGCUGAAGGUGGACAUUCACAUCGGUGGAGAGCUGGUGGAGUCUCUCACAGAGGCGGAGCCAGACACACCUGAGCAGGAAGCCCCUCCCACCUCAGCAGAGGACGAACAUGACGCAGGACUGCCCAGUGGACCACACAGCUACAGACUGGAGGAACUGGCCUACACCAGGAGUGGAGACAAAGGAGACUCUGCUAACAUCGGAGUGAUAGCUCGUCACCCCCUCUUCUUCCCCUACCUGAAGAAACACCUGACUUCUUCUGUGGUGGAGGAAUACUUCUCCCAUCUGAUCCAGCCUGGAGUGAACAACGCCGUCACACGGUACACUCUGCCGGGGAUCCACGGCCUCAACUUCGUCCUGCAGAGUUCACUGGGAGGGGGAGGGGUGGCGUCUCUACGCAGUGACCCCCAGGGUAAAGCUUACGGUCAGAUGCUGCUGGACCUGAAACUCAAAGGACUGCCGGACCUCAAGUCACUGGUGGACUGAGACACACAGAGACAAUACAAACAACAACAACAACAACAACACAUGAAAGCAAAGAAAACUCCCGGUGAGAUGUUCUCAACAUGUUUAACCUCAGCAGAAACACAGACGGAUCACUGAUGCAUCAUGUACAAACCUGACGAACACAAGAUCACAGUCACAGAUUUAUGUUUCGUGCACUGAGUUUUAUUCCUGCAGUCCACGGGCACAGAUGAGCCUCAUGAGAUUUAGCACAGAUUCACUCUGAACCAAACUAGAGGCUUCAGUCCAAUAAAACUCCAUCAUACAGUGUUUUAAUCAGCUUCAUCAGGAGACACCACCACAACACAUCUGCUGCACUAAAGUCCACACAGCCUCAGGAUGAUCAGAUACUCCACAGCUUCUCAUCUCAAAUCUCACAUGUUCAGAUUUAAAACUGUUCCCAGAUCUGACACAUUAAAUUCAUGUUGAUAUAAAUGAUGGAAAUGAUGGACGGAAAAAUAAGAUCCAACUUAUAAUAAAACAAAUGAUCAAAUUAUGAGCAAAAAAGAAGAAGAGGAGAACCCAGAGAGGGAGAUUCGUUAGGGUGUGGACACACCAAACUGACAUCAAAGAACUAGCAGUGAUCUCUCUCACCGACAAGCUCCGCCGCUGAUUCAACAUGCUCAAUCAGCUGAAAAGCCGCCGACGCCGAAGUGCUGACAGUGCGGGACACACCGCAAAAACUAGGCCAACAGACGCUCACAGACGGCCCGACUUUGGUCGAUGGCUGACCGUCGGCUUGGUGUGUCAGGGCCUUUAGGGUUCAACUAACUAACGAGCCUUCACACACGUUAGCUGACGUGACUAACGUUAACUUUAGCAUCGUGGUUAGUUACCACAUGGUGGCAUCUAGUUACCACAUGGUGGCAUCUAGCAUCGUCACACCCUGUAGAGGCUGAAACAGACUAUGAUGGAGUCCAAACAAAAGGAAGUAAUGAAGGUUAUGAAACAUCCAAAAAAGUGUUUUGAAGAUUCCUGUGCAGCGUUAUAAGUGUCUUGAAUCCAGUUGUGAGCUCUUUGAAAUCCAAACACUACUAUUUUCACCAAAGUGGGUGCUAAAGGAAGCAUUUUAAGGAUCAUCCUGCUGCGAAGGAACUCAUUGUCUGCAUGUGUUUACAAGAACUUCCUUUUUAAAAAACCUUAUUUGCUGCCUUUGUUCAGACUCCUUCAAAGUCUGUUUACAGCGUUUGAUAGAAAGCUUUCCCUGGCACCACAGAGAGCCCAGUGAGGUGAGGACGAUAUACAACUUAUGCUUAGGCUGAACUGUUCCUUUAACUGUCUCUGUAGCUUGGACCAGUUUUUGGGUAAAGGGAACAUUUUUGGGGGUAAACAUCCACAUAGACUUCACAAUCUGGACCUGAGCUCCUCACCAGCUUCAGGCAAGCUGCUCCUGACCUCUGACUUCCUUCUAAAGGAGGAGCGGUGGUGGUUUGGGUUUCCCUCGGAGGGUAAACAAAGUAUCUGCCAUGAUCUGUGAGACGCUCCAGUCAGACAUCAGAGACUCAGGCCGAGCGGGCGGGACGCCUGGUUUCCCCCGGCUGAUUCACCUCGACACGACCCGGCUCCGAUGUUCGCCGCCCCGCAGGAAUGUGCGUCUCCUUCCACCAAAACCGGCUCUCUGGCUUCCAGUCUGUUUAUCCAUAAUUGCAAACAGACUGAAGCUGCAGUCGGAGUCACUCCGCAGCUUCCGUCGUGGCUGAAAACUCAUCUCACCCACCUCCUCUGAAUCAUAUCCCCCUUUCCCAAAUCUUCCUCCUCACGCUGCUGCAGUUUGCUCUCAUCAGCAAAGAUGAAACCUGACUCUCUUUGGAUGUCCAACUCUUUCCUGGCGUCCAUUUUUGAGUUCCAGGAAAACUGUUGAGCUACUGUUGCUGUUACCCUUGACUUUGACCUUUCUGGGAUGAAUUCAGUAUUUAAUCUGAACUCUUGCUGUUGGAUUUGUGACCUUCUGCUGAAUCCAAAAAACAUUUGCUCACAUGGUCGAGCCCAAACACAUAAGAGAACCACAUUAGACGGUGUGCCUGGAACAAUAACAAAACAAUGGUCUUCUAAACAGACGUACAAAGACUUUUACACACAAUAAAAGCAUCAUAAAUGACAACAAAACAAAUCCGUCCAGACGUGAAUUGAAAGCAGAGUUUCAUGAGUGUAAAUCAGACCAAUAAAAACAAUCACAUGGGACGAAUAAAAAAAACAUCAGCAUGUCUGUGGGAUUUAAAGACACUGAAGUGGUCGCAUUUGCAGAGCGAGGUGUUAAAAUCGAGGCUGUAAAUUCCAGCUCAUUUCUUGUUUCCAUAAAACCAAAUUGAAAAAAGACACGAGCUGCAGUGUCGUGUGGAAAUGCGCUCACAUCUUAAUGAUGACGAAGUUUGAGAGCAGAGCUUUCAGAUAAACAUCUGUCCAGCAUAUUGCCGCUUCCCAAAGCUCCGACCCUGCGAUUCCCAAGAAAUAUCUGCUAGAUUUGUGAGUUAAUUAGUUGGAGAAACACUUCAUCAUUGGGAAACAAUGUUUUCCACCUAAUUCUUCAUGCAACCCCCAGAAAAACAUGUCAGGCCUGUUUGAUGUGUGUGUGCAGGAAAAGAUCUGCGAGCAUUUGUUGCUCAUUUUUGAGCAUGUUUUAGUAAUUUUAGAUGCUUUCUUUUGUUUGAGACAAAUAUCAGACAUUCCUUCAGGAAAUAUUUGGGUCUAAACACAAGUUGUUGUUGUUGUUUUUUAAAUCAGCAGGGAUUGUUGUUGAGUCCGUCCUCACUUCAUCUGGGACAAAGGUCCAAAUAUGUAAUAUAAAGGCUCCACACUUUUUUAUAUGAAAUAGUUAUGGUUCUGCUACGAACUAAAAGAAACAGGUGAAGAGACAGACGCUCAAGAUCCUGAUUGUCUGUCCCAAAUUUUAUGGUGAUCCACUCAGUAGUUAUUUCAGUCCGGACCAAAAUGUCAGUGGUUGAGCGAUAAAGCAAAGGUCCAAGCAUUGAGCCUUGUGGAACACCAUCUUCAUUUCAGUAGAUUUAAUAGCAGAAACAGGAAGGCUCCACAUUUUUAAGUCAAAGUUCUUUGGCUAACUCUGAUUAAACUCUGCAGUGUCAAACAGGGGUAAAACUUCGAAAUUCAUGGCAAUCCUUCCAGUAGUUGUUGAGGUAUUUGAGUCUAGACCUGGGUUUUACUAUCAAUACCAGGGUAGGAGCUUUUUUUUCCUUUAUUUUAACACACUUACGACCUCGAAUGACUGUCUCAAUUUGUGUGGUAAUCCAUCCAAAAUGUUGGCUAGUUGGGCAAAAUAGCAAAGGUCCAAGCAUUGAGCCAAGUGGAACACCAUUUUCAUUUUAGUAGAUUUUAA